AAUGUUGUGUAUUUUGUGGGGGCCUUUUGUCGCUAGUUAACUGAGUUCUAAAUAUUUCCUCCGCUCAGCUCAGGGCUCAGCCUUGUUCUCUCUCAGUCCCCAUCGCGUUGUGCUCAGUCUGUGCCGUACACCGUAUAUCUGUCUUCUCCGCCGCGCUAUGCCCUAAUCGCUCGCUUCCCAAUCCCGUAUUUGAUCGCCCUGCUUUCUGAUUUUCUCCGAUCCUCCAGGAAGCGGUUGCCAAAGAUUUUGCUAUACCGGUUAAGUCUCAACGUUUCUGGUACUGCGCAAAGAGAACCAUACAUACUGCCCAAAUCGACAUUUGACACCUCGGGACGAAUUGUGGUUGUGAUUUCAUCAUUUGGCGGCGGUGGAGUUUGUGUGAUAUGGCGGAACCACCGGUGUCACUUUCUGCCGGAAAAGACCGGAUUCUCUUGAAAGGAGCUUUUGCUGUCACAGGAAUCAUGUCCACUCUUGUUAUUUAUGGUCUUUUACAGGAGAAGAUCAUGAGAGUUCCAUAUGGACCCGAGAAAGAGUAUUUUAAGUACUCAUUAUUUCUUGUCUUCUGCAAUCGUGUUGUGACAUCUGCGGUGUCUGCUGUCACUUUAUUGGCGAGUAACAAGACCUUGGACCCUGUUGCACCAGUAUAUACAUAUUGUGUUGUGUCAGUAUCCAACAUAUUAACGACAACAUGUCAGUAUGAGGCUCUCAAAUAUGUCAGCUUUCCUGUCCAGACGUUGGCCAAGUGUGCUAAAAUGAUACCCGUAAUGGUUUGGAGCACUGUCAUUAUGCAAAAGAAAUACAAAGGACAAGAAUAUUUUUUUGCAUUACUAGUUACUCUUGGGUGUGCAUUAUUCAUUUUAUAUCCGUCAUCUGGUGAUAUUAGCCCUUACAGCAGGGGAAGAGAAAGCACAGUUUGGGGAGUUUCUUUGAUGGUCGGUUAUCUUGGGCUUGAUGGGUUUACUAGCACGUUCCAAGAUAAACUAUUCAAGGGCUAUGAUAUGGAAAUACACAAUCAGAUAUUCUAUACAACACUAUGUUCUUGCAUACUGAGUUUCAUAGGUCUUAUCGUACAAAAUCAUCUUCUAAUGGCAGUUGAUUUUAUAUACCGUCACAAUGAUUGUUUACUGGACAUUGCGUUUUUGUCAACUGUAGCAACAGCCAGUCAAUUCUUCAUAUCCUAUACAAUCCGCACAUUCGGUGCACUUACAUUUGCUACCAUUAUGACUACAAGACAGUUGGUUAGCAUUUUGCUAUCAUGUCUGUGGUUUGGUCACCCGUUAAGCUGGGAGCAGUUUAUUGGUGCUGUUAUCGUCUUUACUGCCCUUUAUGCAAGAGCGUUUUUGAGAGAUAAGCCUAGAACGCCUUUACCCUUAAAAGACGAGGAAAGUGCAGAAUCUGUUCCUUUAAAGGUGAAUUCAUAGGCAACAUACCCUUGUCGGGUAAGUUGUGGUUCCUUUUCAUAUAUAUGUUGCUUGGGCUAGUUUUUCCUGUGAGCAGUGACAUUCUUGCAAGGUUGUGAGAGAGGUGGUUUUAUUAUUACUCCUUGAAAAGCAACAAUUGCUUCAUACUCCGUUUAUAAUUUAUCUGACCAGUCUUUCACGCUAUUUAUUUCCCGGAGGAAAGAUGAAAGUAUAACCAGUAACCACAAAGCUGUUUUGUUUUUUUUGUUAUGUUCCUACUUCGAUUAAAUUUUCCAUCUACUAGGUAAAUGUAGAUUAGUGUAGUCCUAGUUAUAGAACUUUACCAAGAUUUUGUAAUGACCACUAAUAUAAUUUGUCAUUACCAACAUUAGCAAGAUUUUGUAAUGGCGGAAGGCUAAUCUUUUAUAUCAGUAAUUGUAUUACAUGAUUAACAUAAACUUGGUGAUGUUUCA